CAAGUCCCGGCGUCCCCAGUGAGGAGUGGGAAUGGUCCCUCCCCAAUCUAAACCCUGGAAAACCGCUGCCAAAUAGCGGAGAAGAUUCUCAGCUUGAUGAACCAAGGGCCUGACUCAGGGUAAGACAAUUCCCCCAUGUAACGAUGAUCCCAAGAGGUCCUUGUCUGGCAGGGAUCGGGGCCGCCAGACCAGCUGAGACGAGUUGCUUUCCCGCCCUCGUUUCUUGAGGGAAUAUAAAAGGUGGUUUUAGUGGACCGAGCGUGUUUAUUAGACGGGGCGGGUUUGGAAUAACUCGCCUGGGGCAGCCGGCCUGCGGGGGGAAGAGGCGUCGCUGCGAGCGGCCCCGGCCUGGAGAAGCUGACGCCAUGGAGUGGGCUCUGCUCUGCGCCCUGGCCCUGCUGCUGCGCCCUGGCCCUGGUCUAGGAGGAGGAGAGGCUUCGACGACGGCUGAGGAUGAUGAAAUGUGCAGCCGCUGGCUCUACGGGAUGGAGCCGCCGGUGGUGGAUGACUUCGAGUGCGCGGAGCAGUACGACGGCGAGGACGUCAAGUACUGUUGCGGAACCUGCGGCCAGACCUCCGGCUGCUCCUUAGAAGAGGCCGCUGAAGACGAGGAGCAGCGCCCCACCUGCGGCCAAGAGAUCUGGCAUUCUUCGCCCCCUGUGUCAAACUGGGUGAGGUUGAUUUGGUUUUGUGCAGGAGCCCUUGUUACUGUAACAUUUUACUGGGGUGUUUACUAUCCUUGCUCACGAUUCUGGUGUAAGCAGAGAUUCUUCUGUGAAAGGCAGCAGCAGAUCCUUCUGGAGGAUGACUCUCCUUUCAGAUUCUCCUCCAUUGACCAUCCUCACUUCUGUGGUGCCUACAGGAGAACAGCUCUGCCAGCAUUUGGUGGUGGUGUGGAGGACCUUCAAAGUAUCUGUGACCGUCUUCCUGCAUUUCACAACACACCAGAUGUGCAGUUACUUCCUGGGCACUCCGAGGAUGACGGGGCGAUCAUCUUGUCUCCAGCAACUCUCCCACUCGGAAGUGUUCCUGGUUGCACCUUAGAGCUGAACCUGGGAAGUGAAACAUCACUGACUAAAUCGAGGAGGCAUGAAAUCCUUGCCUAAUUUAAGAAGUGAGGCUUGCCUUCCAAAACCCAGCCCCAUGCCAGACAGUCACAGAAUGGUUUUUUUAGAAUAAAGGACAUUGAGGAUGUUUUACUAUAUAUAUAUAUUAACUAGAAUGACUACUGUUUUAAAUGUAGUGCUCCAUUAUGCAUUGAUAUUAUUCACCUUUUUGCAAACAAGGCAUUGGUAUGUUGCAACGAGGCUUUUCAUUCUAAAUACCUGCCACACACUUUAAUGCACUAGUUUAGAGAGAGUUACCUCAGAGACAAGUGAUGUUUCCUAAUGGAUCAUUAUACAUUUCCAUUGGAUAAUUUUUUUAAAGAAAACAAAUGAAAAGAAUGGGAUAUUUAAUUUCAACCGUUUCCACCAUGGUGACAGAAAGCUGGAGCCAAGUUGUAUGGAUUCCAUCCUGCACAGCUUUUCCUUUUGUUCUGGGACUGGAUGGCAGACCACAAAAUGCAUUCAGUUGCAAAUGCACAGUUAAUACAACCGUACUCUCCCUUCUCUAACUCUGAUGGCUCCAUCUCUAAAGGCAAGCAAAAUGUGUUUGUAUGGGAUGAAUUGUGUUGUGUCCAAAAUGAUGGUGUAUGUGUGUGUGUCUGGACACAAAGAUGUUGGCCAAGGCAUUGGUUAUCCACCAAGACUUAUUUCUGGGAAGAGCUAAUUCUGUGCUGUCACCUCAUAGCUCGGUAGUGAAACCACUGACCAGGCAAAGCCCAAAGGCUACCCCUGAAAUGAAUGCUGCAAAUAUUGCCACUGAAGUCAUGACAAAGUAGUGUUGAGUGGCCACAUGAAAAGCAACAUCUUAGUAUCCCCACUCCUAGGAGGAUAUACUCAGGGCCAGCUGAUCUAUGUAUCAUUCUGUGCCUACCAAAGACUUAGUUGCACAAGUGUAGCUACCCUGUGGUUUUUGUUCCAGAUGGUACCCCCCCAUGGCCUUUAAACACUUUUAAAAACUUGAUAGUUGUAUGACCACUUCUGUGCAUUAUCCGCUAAGAGGCAGAGCAGGCAAGCACUGAUGGGUGUCUCCUGAAUCAAUUGUUUCUGGAAUUGCAUGAAGUUUGUUUUAUAGCACAGACCCUUGCCAGAUUUAUGUUUCCAAAUGUAUGUACUAAAUUGCCAAUAAAGAUGUGUCUAGUA